AUGGCUGUUCUCCGGUCCAAUGUCGGUCAUGGCUCGAAACUUACGACCGCUCUCCAUCGUUCACAGCAAGCUCCUGCCAUUCUAGGCCAAGAAGGCUCAGGAGGCUUACUAUCUCGGUGGUAUACUAUUCUGGACAAUGAUGGCUCAAAUUAUUUUGAUUCUUUAGAAAAGCUCUUCUUCUCAUGCCUUCAAUCUGCUGAUGACAAGAGCGCGCUGUUAUGCCUCGAGCGUCUAACGCACCGCUUUGGACCAUCCCAUGAAAGGAUAAUGGCACUACGCAGCAUAUAUGAUGAAGCGAUCGCGGAGGACAACCCGAGUUUAGAGAGAUGUCUGAAAAAAUACGAUGACAUUCUUUCGCAGAACCCCGCCAACCUGCCAAUUUUGAAACGUCGGAUUACCCUGCUUAGGUCCUUGUCUCGGCCUACAGAAUCCAUUUCCAGCUUAAUACAACUCCUCGGUGCCACACCAACUGAUGCCGAAGCUUGGUGUGAGCUUGCGGAGUUAUAUCACUCGCAGGGAAUGGGUGCACAAGCGAUAUUUAGCCUUGAGGAGGCCCUGUUAGUAGUGCCGCAUGCGUGGAAUGUUCACGCCCGCUUGGGUGAAAUUCUUUACAUCUAUGCCGGCUCAUUGGAGGACGAGGCUAUGUGGCGACAGCUACAUUCAUCUAUCCGUCAUUUCUGCAGAAGUGUUGAGCUCUGCGACGGUUACCUACGGGGAUUCUAUGGCUUAGCAUUGGUGGGGAUCCACUUCCACAAGUUGUCAAUGGCUCCAUUGCAAACUAAACUAAUGCGAUUUAUAGGCCAUGGCUCGUCUUUCGGUUGA